UUGCAGAUGUCACUGGAGAUUGCUGGACCUUCAAGUUUCAAGGAACUAGAAGUAGUCGUAACGGAGAGACGAGUUCCCGAGAACAAAUUAAUUGUGCCUGGUGCUAAAGUCACUUCUAAUCCCGAUUUUAUGAGGGGACAUGGGACAUAUAUGCGUGGUAAUGACUUGAUAGCAUCAGUAGCCGGUACUGUUGAACAAGUUAACAAGCUCGUAUCGGUACGACCGUUGAAAAGCAGAUAUAAUGGAGAAAUUGGCGAUGUGGUGAUUGGACGAAUUACAGAAGUACAACAGAAAAGGUGGAAGGUUGAGACGAAUUCCAGGCUAAAUUCAACGUUACUUCUUUCCAGCGUGAACUUACCGGGUGGUGAGCUGAGGAGAAAAUCGGUUGAAGAUGAACGAAUGAUGCGGGAAUACCUCAAAGAGGGCGACCUCAUUAGUGCUGAAGUACAAAAGGUGCACUCGGAUGGACAAUUAUUGUUGCACACGAGAAAUUUAAGAUAUGGGAAGCUUUCGCAAGGGACUUUGAUAAAAAUUUCUCCAUAUUUGGUUAAACGGAGAAAAUCGCACUUCCAUACGUUGCCGUGUGGUGUUUCUGUAAUUUUCGGACGUAAUGGUUAUAUCUGGAUAGCACCUGUAGUAAAUGAAGAACAGAAUAUGACAGGAGGUUAUUCGCAAAAUUUGGAAGAGGUAGUACCAAUGAAAAUCCGAUCAGUUAUAGCGCGUGUGGCAAAUUGUGUAAAUAUUCUUGCCAUGCAUCAUAUUCCACUCUAUGAUACAACGGUGGUGCUGGCUUAUGAUGCUUCUCUUAAUUCUGAGAUAAAUGAAUUGUUGAAGCCGGAAUCAGCCGCAAACAUAGCAACAGAAGUUGCAUUGCAGCUGGAAAAAAACUGCUGAAGAAGUGGGACAUGCUGAAUAAAUCUUUCUUUUUUUCCUAACCUUAAUUGUUUGAGUGCUCCUAUUGAGUCAAACCACGGAAUAUUUGCAUUCUUGCACAGCUUCGGUAGUUCAGAUAAAACGAUUAUUGAAGCUGGAAUCGACAGUAAACAUGAAUUGUUUUGAACGAAUGUAAAUGAUAUGUUAACUUUCGUUAUAUCAUUGGUAGAAAAUGAUGUGGUCUUAAUUGAAUCGUUCGAAAAUGUCUUUUGUCGAUUCAUGAAUUUCAAUCCAGUUUGCGUUCAUUAGUUUUUAAGAUUUUUGAAAAGUAUAGUGUAUCUUGUUAUUGCGCAUUUUUUUUGGAAGAUUAUUCUUACAAAUAAAAGAUCUGAUAUGCA